CAAAGGAAGUGAGAGAGGGGCUGCUGUAACAGGAACUAGGACCAGGAGUCAGUGAAGGAGCAGGAGUAGGGCCAUGCCCGAGCCGCCCCCAAGAGCCUCCUGAGCCUACCCCAUCGUCACCCACAGGAGCCCAGACGCCAACCCUCACCAUGGGCAGCAAGGAGCGCUUUCACUGGCAGAGUCACAACGUGAAGCAGAGUGGCGUGGACGACAUGGUACUGCUGCCACAGAUCACUGAGGACGCCAUCGUGAGCAACCUCCGCAAGCGCUUCAUGGAUGACUACAUCUUCACAUACAUCGGCUCGGUGCUUAUCUCUGUUAACCCCUUCAAGCAGAUGCCCUACUUCACUGACCGGGAGAUUGACCUCUACCAGGGCGCGGCUCAAUAUGAGAAUCCUCCCCACAUCUAUGCCCUUACUGACAACAUGUACCGGAACAUGCUGAUCGACUCUGAGAAUCAAUGUGUCAUUAUCAGUGGAGAGAGUGGAGCUGGGAAGACAGUGGCUGCUAAAUACAUCAUGGGCUAUAUCUCCAAGGUGUCUGGUGGGGGAGAGAAGGUUCAGCACGUCAAAGAUAUCAUCCUACAGUCAAACCCACUGCUGGAGGCCUUUGGCAACGCCAAGACUGUGCGCAACAACAAUUCCAGCCGCUUUGGCAAGUACUUUGAGAUCCAGUUCAGCCGUGGUGGGGAGCCAGAUGGAGGCAAGAUCUCCAACUUUCUGCUUGAGAAGUCUCGUGUGGUUAUGCAGAAUGAGAACGAGAGGAAUUUCCACAUCUACUACCAGCUUCUGGAAGGGGCCUCCCAGGAGCAGCGGCAGAACCUGGGGCUCAUGACGCCUGACUACUAUUACUAUCUCAACCAAUCAGACACCUACAAGGUGGAAGGCACUGAUGACCGGAGUGACUUCAAUGAGACCCUGAAUGCCAUGCAGGUCAUUGGAAUUCCAUCCAGUGUGCAGCAGCUGGUCCUGCAGCUCGUGGCAGGGAUCUUGCACCUGGGGAACAUCAGCUUCUGUGAAGAGGGGAAUUACGCUCGUGUGGAGAGCACAGACCUCCUGGCCUUUCCAGCCUACCUGCUGGGCAUAGACAGUGGGCGGCUGCAGGAGAAGCUGACCAGCCGUAAGAUGGACAGCAAAUGGGGUGGACGCAGUGAGUCCAUUGACGUGACCCUCAAUGUGGAACAGGCGGCCUACACCCGUGAUGCCCUGGCUAAGGGACUCUAUGCCCGCCUCUUUGACUUCCUGGUGGAGGCCAUCAACCGCGCUAUGCAGAAGCCACAGGAAGAAUACAGUAUUGGUGUCCUAGACAUCUACGGCUUCGAGAUCUUCCAGAAAAACGGCUUUGAGCAGUUCUGCAUCAACUUCGUCAAUGAAAAGCUGCAGCAGAUCUUUAUUGAGCUCACCCUGAAGGCAGAGCAGGAGGAAUAUGUGCAAGAGGGCAUCCGCUGGACCCCCAUUGAGUACUUCAACAACAAAGUCGUGUGUGACCUCAUCGAAAAUAAGCUGAGCCCCCCAGGCAUCAUGAGCGUGCUAGACGACGUGUGUGCCACGAUGCACGCCACCGGAGGAGGCGCGGACCAGACCCUGCUGCAGAAGUUGCAGGCGGCGGUGGGCACCCACGAGCACUUCAACAGCUGGAGCGCUGGCUUCGUCAUCCAUCAUUACGCAGGCAAAGUCUCCUAUGACGUCAGUGGCUUCUGUGAGAGGAAUCGUGAUGUUCUCUUCUCUGACCUUAUAGAACUGAUGCAGUCCAGUGAACAGGCCUUCCUUCAGAUGCUCUUUCCUGAAAAGCUGGAUGUAGACAAGAAGGGUCGCCCCAGCACUGCUGGCUCCAAGAUCAAGAAACAAGCCAAUGACCUGGUGUCUACACUGAAGAAGUGCACACCCCACUACAUCCGCUGCAUCAAACCCAAUGAGACCAAACGGCCCCGGGACUGGGAGGAAAGCAGGGUGAAGCACCAGGUGGAAUACCUGGGCCUGAGGGAGAACAUCCGGGUGCGAAGGGCGGGCUUUGCCUACCGUCGUCAGUUCUCCAAGUUCCUGCAGAGGUACGCUAUUCUGACCCCUGAGACAUGGCCACGGUGGCGUGGAGAUGAACGCCAGGGUGUCCAGCACCUGCUUCGCGCUGUCAAUAUGGAGCCAGAUCAGUAUCAGAUGGGGAGCACCAAGGUCUUCGUUAAGAACCCAGAGUCACUUUUCCUCCUGGAGGAGAUGCGAGAGCGGAAGUUCGAUGGCUUUGCCCGCACCAUCCAGAAAGCCUGGCGCCGCCACGUGGCAGUCCGGAAGUAUGAGGAGAUGCGUGAAGAAGCCUCCAACAUUCUGCUUAACAAGAAGGAACGCAGGCGGAACAGCAUCAACCGGAACUUUGUCGGGGACUACCUGGGACUGGAGGAGCGGCCCGAGCUGCGGCAGUUCCUGGCCAAGAGGGAGCGUGUGGACUUUGCUGACUCAGUCACGAAGUACGACCGUCGCUUUAAGCCCAUCAAACGGGACUUGAUCCUUACUCCUAAGUGUAUAUAUGUGAUUGGGAGAGAGAAGGUGAAGAAGGGACCAGAGAAGGGCCAGGUGCGGGAAGUCCUGAAGAAGAAACUGGAGAUCCAGGCCCUUCGAGGAGUGUCCCUCAGCACCCGGCAGGAUGAUUUCUUCAUUCUCCAAGAAGAUGCCGCGGACAGCUUCCUAGAGAGUGUCUUCAAGACCGAGUUCAUCAGCCUUCUGUGCAAGCGCUUCAAAGAGGCAGCUCGGAAGCCCCUGCCCCUCACCUUCAGCGACACACUACAGUUCCGGGUGAAGAAGGAAGGCUGGGGCGGAGGCAGCACCCGUAGCGUCACCUUCUCCCGUGGGUCCGGCGAGGUGGUCGUGCUCAAGGCUGGUGGCCGAGCGCUCGCGGUCAGCAUCGGGGAUGGGCUGCCCAAGAGCUCCAAGCCUACACGGAAGGGAAUGGCUCAAGGAAGGCCUCGAAGGUCAGCACAAGCCCCAACUCGAGCAGCACCGGGGCCCCCCAGAGGCCUGGAUCGAAAUGGGGUGGCCCCCUCUUCCCGAGGGGGGCCCCUGCCCCUGGAAAUCACAUCUGGAAGGAGUUCCCAGAGGCCUCCCCGGGGUCCUCCAUCCUCAACCCUGGGAGCCAGCAGACGUCCCCGGGCACGGCCACCCUCAGAGCACAAUACAGAAUUCCUCAAUGUGCCUGACCAGGGUGUUGCAGGCAUGCAAAGGAAGCGAAGUAUAGGGCAGAGACCGGUACCUGGCGUGGGCCGGCCCAAGCCCCAACCACGGAUACAUGGCCCCAGGUGCCGGGCACUGUACCAAUACAUAGGCCAAGAUGUGGAUGAGCUGAGCUUCAAUGUGAAUGAGGUCAUCGAAAUCCUCAUGGAAGAUUCCUCUGGCUGGUGGAAGGGCCGGCUGCAUGGCCAGGAGGGUCUCUUCCCAGGCAACUAUGUGGAGAAGAUCUGAACCAGAAGCCUGAGAUUGUCUUCCCACCAGUCUGCCUGCUUGACUACCAGAUGCUAGUCCCUGCCAGUGGGAGCCUCAGUUACCUUGGCUGUACUGGCCAGAAUGCCCAGGCCUAUGGCCUGCAGCCUAGUGGAGGACCUGGGUGUCAGGGUCACCACUGUAGCACCUCUGCCAGGCACUGGCCUCCCACAGGUUUCACUUGCUGUCCAAGUCUCCACCUUUUCAUGUGUCCAACCGGAUUCACUGCAGAACCUACCUCCCAGCUGCCUUGUGUGUAUGAAAUGAAUCAUGUGCCCUGUGGACAAAGUGCUGGGCACAGUCUGGGGGUUAGGGGACUUUGACAAACGUGACUUCCCGCCUUCUCUCAUCAUUGAGGCAAUAAACAUGUGCCAGGUGAAAGC